UAAAUGUUCAAGCAUUCACCUUGGACAUUUCCUUCUAGUCUAAAGUGAGAAGCCUGCUAUUACAGCAUUAAUACUCAAUCAACGGAUACACUGCUUAAUGUCUGCAAAUUACUCCACAAGAUUACAAAUGAAGAACAGCAUGAAAACGAUUACCUGUUUUAAAGAGCCAGCAUUUGCUCAUUGCGUUGACUUGAAGGAGAUUCACAAAAAUGAAGAGGAGCUCUUGAACAGCAAAAUCUUUAAGGGUGAAGUAAAUGGUGGAGCCUUUUCACAGAUCAAAAAUCAACUUGGCUUGAAACAUUUCCAUCUGCCAUUAAUUUCAGGCAAAGAAAAACCUUCACUUGUUACUCCAGUGAUUUCUAAACAACGCUUACUACAAGAGCCUUUGCCCAAAGGUGGCCGUGAAAAGUUUGUCUACAGGAGAAUGAGCACUCUGGAGACCCUGCAGGAGGCUUUCCUGGAAGAUAGUAUUGAUCUGAGCGGCGAACAAGCCUUGUGUGAUCCUGCUCAUUACGUAACAGAAGUUGAUCCUACAGUUAAUAAUGGUUUCCUAUUGAAGACCAGUAUGAGUACAACUUCGAGAGAAGGUACUAAAGAAAGAACAGCUUUGAACUUCUUUUUGGGAAAAGAAAGACACCUGACAUCCUCUUACGAAGUACAUAAUCAAAUACCACUUAUUGAAAAUCGAAGAAUGGAUGCGAGUGUCAGUAAAAAGAUGAUAAAGGAGUACAUUGAAGCAAGCAAAGUUCCUUGGGAGGUGAAAAAGAGAAAAACCAAAUGGAAUAACAAAGAACUGGAGUUUUCAAACGAAAGGAUUCACCUGUCGUCAUCUUGGUCUGAUGCAGAAGAGCCCUCAAGCUUGUUUCUUCUUAAGCCAAUGCAGUCAUGGAAGAGGAGUUCCGAAGAGAUAAAAAGUAAUUUUAAGGUUCACACAAGUCCUAAUGUGUUGAAGAUUGGAACAGGAAUGAAAUCUGCUCCUAUAGCUCCCAAAAGAGAAAGAGCAGAAGAUUUGAUUUCAUGGAAUCCUUCUUUGAAGCAUUUCCAGUAUUUCUGCAGAAGUCACUUGAAGGAUCAUGCAUCUAAUUCUGCAACUGGCACUAGGUCUUUCCCUCUGCCUGAUGGUGGUUAUAUUCAAGGAGUGUGGGAGGUGGAGACAGCACAGAAUCAACAGUCUCUCUUGACUGAUGAAAUGAGAACUUUUACUUUCCCCAAAAUCUUGGAAUUAGACCUGCGAAGAACAGAGUUGCCUACAUACAAACUUUGAUUAAAGAUUGUAAGAAAGAAAGGCAUGUGCUAUAGAGUGGUGCAAUAGAGUAAGAUAACUGAUGACUUUUCUGUUACAAAAAACUAAAUGAGUUUUAUUAAACAUGUAUGGAAUGCAUUACAAAAA